AUGAGCUUCUUUGACCCACAAAUGCACUCCCCACCACGCUGCAGCCCACAGUUCCCAAAUAUUGGCCAAGAACCUCCGGAGAUGAAUAUCUACUAUGAGAACUUCUUCCAUCCCCAGAACAUCCCGAGUCCCCAGCGACCAAGCACCUUUGAGACGACGGACUACAGCACCACUCCCAAUCCUUACCUCUGGCUAAAUGGACCUUCCAUUACCCCACCACCGUAUCUGGCAGGAUCCAACACCAGUCCCUUCAUUCCGCAGUCGUACGGGAUGCAGAGGCAGCUCUUGCCCAACAUGCACAGCUUGGGAGGAACUGACCUUGGCUGGCUUCCCCUGCCGUCCCAAGAGGAGCUGAUGAAGUUGGUGAGACCACCUUACUCCUACUCUGCCCUCAUUGCCAUGGCCAUCCACGGGGCACCUGACAAGAGGCUGACACUCAGCCAGAUCUACCAGUACGUGGCCGACAACUUCCCGUUCUACAACAAAAGCAAAGCUGGCUGGCAGAAUUCCAUACGGCACAACUUGUCUCUCAAUGACUGCUUCAAGAAGGUGCCUCGGGAUGAAGAUGAUCCAGGAAAAGGGAAUUACUGGACUCUGGACCCAAACUGUGAAAAGAUGUUUGACAAUGGAAACUUUCGCAGGAAGAGGAAGAGGAAGUCUGACAUUGAGGCCAGUGCUGCUACUCUCACAUCUGAGAAAUCCGAGGACAGUACCCUGACUGGCAGCCCCAAAGCUGCAGAGCAUCAGGAUAUCUUGGAGAGCUCAUCACCUGGGACAGACAAUUCCCCUGAGAAAGAAUCUCCUCCCCCCUCUUCCAGCAGCCCGUGCCUCAGUAAUUUCCUCUCCAGCAUGACCACCUUUGUCCAUGGCUCCAGCUCGGGGAGCCGCUCCGGGCCCGUGGGACUCAGCUCUGAACCCAUUGACAAAAUGGGGCAGAACAUGGUAGGCUUCAAUUCCUACUCCCCACUCUCCAGUAUCCCCAGCCAUGGUGUGGGGGACUGGUCCAAUUCCAUGUCUGCUGGUCACCUUGGUCACAGCAACUCGGUGCUCAACCAGUUUAACACCCACUUUUACAGCAGCCUCAGCACAACCAACACCCUGUACUCCAGGGAAGGGACAGAGGUUUAG